AUGUUUAAUACCCUAUUUAGCCCCAGCUUGGAGACAAAUGCUUCUCAGCACAAUGCCAUGGAUGAAGUAGCAGCCAAUAUUGCAGCGGAAUUGCAUAGGAUUCAUGAUGCCAGAGUCAAUGCUCGUCGCCAGCAUCAGAAUGAGAAGAAAGAACCUGUUCCGAGUGUUGCUGGGAAUUCGUCGCCUUUGUUCGCCAAAAACAGCGAGGAUAUUCGGCCAAUGUCUGGAAAUGGUCAGAAUUCGAGGAAUUCCUUUGCUCAGGGAUCUGCUGUCCGAACUUCACAAACAAACCGACCUUCCAGUGACCAGCAAAAACCUCAAAAUGGAGGAAAUAAUAAUUCAAGCCCAGGAGGGAAACAAGCAGCAGCAUCAAUGGAACCUCUGAGCAAAAAUUCAGAAACAACUGGCUUCAGCCAAAAUCAGCAAGGAAUUGACACAAGUCUUCUCUCCUCAGCACAAGCCCAAUUGCGGCAUUUGGCUGAGCGAACUGCCAGUGUCAUCAUGCCAAAAGAAUCGGGUCCUGAAGACCUCCGACUCGAAAGACCCCGUCAGUAUGCUGAACAAGUUCUGGAACACUUUCGACACAGCUUGGGAGACUUCAUCUUGGUG